GUGACUCAGUCACAAACGCACAUUGUGUUGUUGUCUGUGGUGGAUCAAAGCUCAGCGCCUGCAAGGCAAGCGCUCUACCAGGAGAAGCCGAGAAGGUGAAGAGGGAGACGAGGGAUGACAGCGUUUCACUUUUUCAACUGUGCGAUUCUGACCUUCGGACCUCACGCCGUCUACUACUCUGCCACGCCAUUGUCAGAGUAUGAUACUCUUGGCACAUCUAUGAAAGCUGCGCUUGUUUAUCUGGGAACUGCCAUAGUUAAGCUUGUUUGCUUGGCGAAUUUUCUCAAGGUGUCCGAGAACGAUGAGUUUGAUCCUUAUCAGGAAUCUUUGAAAGCCCUAAUUGGUCUGGUAGAUGUUGCUGGGAUUUACUUUGCUUUGACUCAAUUGACUCAUCGGAACAUCUCUCAAAACCACAAAUUUCAAGCUGUUGGCCUGGGUUGGGCUUUUGCAGAUUCCAUCUUGCACAGACUAGCUCCUCUCUGGGUCGGAGCUAGAGGCCUAGAGUUCACUUGGGACUACAUUCUACAAGGCCUGGAAGCAAAUGCCAACCUGGCUUUCAGUAUUUCAAUGGCGGCAUUGGGGUCCUUGAUGUGGCUUCGCAGAAACAAACCUAAGACUUUGAUUCCUUUGAUAUAUAUUUGUGCCCUAAUAGUGGCAACCAUGCCUUCCAUCACAAGCUAUUUGAGGAAAAGGCUGGACUGGCAUUUCCCAGAAGUCGUAGGGUUUGAACUCGGAUCAUCUCUAGUAAUGGCCUUUAUCAGUUGGCAACUCUUCUCUGCUUGUCAGAGACGUUCAUCGUAGGAAACACCAAGAUUCAUCGUCUGAGAAUCAGCUAUUGCUCCAAAACUCGUUGACCCAGAGCAUUCUCUCUUUGUUAUAGGCUGCCUUUGUUGCUGCAACUCUCCACAUUUACCCCUUUCUACGGAUGAUCUGAAUGCAAUUUUUGCCUGUAAGUUCACUAGCAUUCCAUAACUUCCCCUGUUGGGGGCUAUAUAUCCAGGUCAGUUACACAAAUUAUCAGUCACAAAUGAGUUACUGGACUCUAAAUUUUACAGCAUGUCACUGAAGUUUAGAAAAGUUAACACUAUAGUCUAGUCUGGCAUCAUUCGUCAAGGUUUUUCAUCUAAAUUGCCGAAUUUGAUGUGCCACAUUCAAAAUAGAUCAUAGAAAAAAGGUUAGUUUGAUCAUUGAUGAUCCUAACUGGUUCAAAAUGGAAAAGUCAUUUUUCAAAUUUCAAUGGCGCAUCAAGGAUCUUGUAUAGAAGAAACACGCAAAGUUCUUGGAGAGGAAUCAUGGUUCUUAUUACCUUAAACCACAAAUGUUCUUCAUUUCAUUGUACACCAAAAAUUCAGUUUAUAAACGACACUAAGAAAAAGAAGCCAACUUCAAUGGAGUUCCCAGAAAACCGGGGGUCUUCAUUCCGAUUCCUCGACGGCAGCUUCGAUUCGAAGAAGGACGAACCCCAUAGCGACUCCAACCAAGGUGAGACCAUUCAUAAUUGCAGCAAUCUGGAAGAUCUCAUCAACUCUGCUGCACUUAGCAGACAGAGCACCGCCGCCGUUGCCGCCGCCGCUUUUCCUCAUGGAGCUGACAAUCUUGGCGAAGCCCUGAUCGGCGCAAACGGACUGGCCCAGAGCAGCCACGCUGUUGUGAGCCUUCAGCCCUCCGUAGGAGUUGAGCCCUCCAAUGGAAACCAUCUUGGUGGUGCUUUUCGUCUGUUGGGCGGUGUUGCAGUUUCCGAUGGUCACCACCGCGCCAGUUACAGCUGCUGCUGCUGCUGCUGCCGACGCCAUGUUUGAGAGCCUGCAAUGGGAUGAAAUGAGGGAGCAGUAAGGUUUAUGAUGGUGGGUUAGGGAUGGAAGUAAAACAAGGAAAGUUUGGAGCUUUCUUUCACCUGAAGAAGUAUGCAGAGUUUUGCAGUGGAGGAGAAAGAGAGGGGCUUGAUUUUUGUAAUUUGGGGAGAGGAUUUGGAUAAGGUGAAGGGAUGAGAUAGAUGGGUUUUGUAAUGUCUGGUUGCCAAGCAAUCAAGAUGACACGAGUGGACAGUGGAGGGAGAGUGGGUUUUCUUUGGAUGUGGGAAGAUGCAAUUGCAAAUGCGAAAAUGGCCAACUUUUGGGCCAUACAAAGUUAGCUGUGGACUGUGGAGCGCACAAGCCCGCCAUUCGAAAUCUUCGCAAUAAUGUGAUGGUUUUAAAAAGCGUGUCUAAGCAGUAGUCUUAGCGAAGUUGUGAUUGUUAUAGUUGUGUUUGUU